ACCUCCUUACUGAAACAGGCCCCAGAUAUCAACCUGCUGCUGUGACAUAAUCUGGAGACAGAAAGUCUUUUUGUUUCCUUUUACAGACUUACUGGUGGCCACUGGAAUUUCUAUGAUGGCAUAAAGGAUCUACAUCAGCCAGGCUCUGGGGACCGACAGGCAACAAGUCAAGUGAUAAAAACAGUGUUCCCCCAAAAAUGCACUGUGGGUCAUGUUGUGCUUGUGAGAACCUAAUUGAAGAAAAUGAGGGGAGUAAAGAGGAGGAACAUCAUGUCAAAAUUGAGGAAAAAACUCAUUUACAGACUGAUGGUAUUUUGGAAAGAAGAGACAAGAAUCGUUUCAUCUGCACUCAGUGUGCAAAGAGUUUUGGAAAAAAAGGUGAUCUUAAGAUUCACUCGAGGAUCCACACUGGAGAGAAACAAUUCACAUGCCCUCAGUGUGGGAAGAGUUUCAGCCAAUCAUCAUCCCUUAAUCAACACUUGAGGAUCCACAUUGGAGAGAAACCAUUCACAUGCACUCAGUGUGGGAAGAGUUUUAACCAAUUAUCACACCUUAACCACCACAUGAUGAUCCACACUGGAGAGAAACCAUUCUCAUGGAUUCAGUGUGGGAAGAGUUUCAGCCGAUCUUCAUCCCUUAAUCUACACAUGAUGAGUCACACUGGAGAGAAACUAUCACAUGCACUCAGUGUGGGAAGAGUUUCAGCAAAUCAUCAUGCCUUAAGCAACACUUUUUUAAUGUCUAAUCAUCUUGUUUAAUCCCGCCCCUUUUUGCAGUGCCUUACAACAGAAUUUCGCGUGCUUAACGGUGUUGCCAACUAUAGCGACUUUGUUGCUAGAUUUAGUGACUUUUCAUACCCCCCU